AUGAGUGACUAAUUAAAUUUUAAUCUUAAACUUUUUAGAGAAAGAAUAACUGAUAAAUAUUAAAGAAACUCAUCAAAUACAAGGAUAGGAUAAGAUAAUUAAUUAAGUAGUCAAAGAAAAUCAUUCAAAAAAAAGUAAUUUUUUAUUUAAUGGAAGUGCUCCAACUCUUGAUUUAUUAUCUAGUAAAUUAUAAAAUUAUAGUCUUAAUAAGUUCAAAACAGAUUCCAGAGUUUGUUCUCCUAAACAUUUAUCAUCUCCUGUCACUAUUAAUGGUAUGCAAUAGAAGUAAAAAUAAAAUUUAUUUUAGAAUAAAAUCUAUAACAACUUCACCAUAAAGAUUUAUUAAUAAUCAUUUUGGACAUCCUCUAAAAAGUCCUAAAUCUACAAUUACAUAAUUUUAAGGUUUUUAUUAAUCUCCUAGAGCAUACACAGAUAGAAAUGAGUAUUAAGAAAUUAGAAGAUAUAACUCAAAUAAUGAUAUUACUGAGAUGAUACCUUUGCAUGAUUUAGUUAAUAUGAGGAACAAAUUAGAAAAUUAUGAUAUUAAUGCUGCACAUAUAUCACCUACAUAUCUUAGUGAAAUAGUGAAAUUAGCACAUGUUAUCAAUACAUAAUUAUAGAAAAAAUGA